ACUCUGCCCAUAAAAACGUCACGACUCGCGCCUGCAAAACAACACGUAGGAACUGGAGCCCGUUAAUAACGCGAGAUUAGCGAUUAAAUAUCCUGUGCUCCGGUACACGGACAUGACAGUGAAAUCCGUGUGACCGCAGGUGAAGUGAACACGAUCACGCAGUUUCGUUAUCGACUGAUUCGGCGAUGGAUCAGGGCGGGUGUCGGCUGAACGGCGGCGGCGGUGAUAUGAUCACGCUGGAGGAUCUGGAGUCCAUGUCGGAGGAGCAGCUGUCAGACAGUCCCGAGGAGGAGCAGGAGGAGGAGGAGCAGGGGAGACUCCUGCGCUACUGGAGAGAUGUGGCGCGAGGACACCAGGUGGAGGUGCCGACAGACAUGGCCGAACCCAUCCAGCAGAUCACCUCCAAUAAUGACGGCACACACACACGGGAGCAGGUCCCUUACACACUCCUCACACGCAAGGAGAAGUGCGGUGAGGUGGUGUACGAGAAGCGUCACUAUGAGAAAGCGCACUGGGCCUGCAUCACCGUUCACGAGGACACGUAUGAACAGAGCAUCUGCUACGGCUUCAUGAAGAUCAUGAGAUUCAUCUGUCAGCAGAACACAGCAGGCAGUUAUCUGGGCAUGACGAUACCCAUCGUGACGGUGGUCCGCACAGACGAGCAGCACACCACUCUGUCGCGGGCCGUCACUGUGGCGUAUUACCUUCCCACGGUGCACCAGAAUGACCCGCCGCAGCCGCAUGACCCCGAGAUCGUCAUCGAGCAGUGGCCCGCCACUAUAGUCUACACCAGGGCCUUCACGGGCGCCACUAACGAGCUGUCAAUCAUUCACGAGAUCAGCAGUCUGGCCGAGGCUCUGGACUCUCCGGCCCUCUGUGUCAACGACUCCUUCAUCGUGGCCGGAUACACCAACCCAGCGGCCGCCAAUCGACAGAACGAGAUCUGGUUCCUGGAGAGGCCUUGAGCUGCUCGCCGACGACCUAUCUUUACCCAGAAUCCUCUGCUCCUCUCAGAGACCAUACAACAGGUUCAACAUCUGUUCAAACAUCCUAGUUCCUGAUUACCCAUGAGCACUGCUCCUCUGAUGUUCAUGAGCGCUGUCUGAUGAACACGAGAAGAAGCUCAUUAAUAUGCGUAACACUGAUUAUAAGCUGAACCAAUACAAACUCAACGAGGUCAAUCAGUCUGUGAACGCUGUUGCUGUAAGACAAUCAUGCUAUGAUCACACACACACACUUGCUCUUACACACACCUGUCUGUCUCUCGCUCUGUUUCGCUCUAUAAAUCAACGCUCAUGUAGUCAACAAAUCAAUAUAAUAGACACACACAUAUAUAUAUUAUAUAUUGUCAUAGUGCUAUUUUUGUUAAGUAUUUUUGUAAAUGUUCCUUCUGUUACUCCUCUAUUAUGUGCAGAUGUCAAACAAACAAGGAAAUGAAGAGUUUUCAGAACGAAACACGCGUGUCUGUGAAUGAAGUUAAUGUCAGACGUGAGACUCGUUCUCUCUGUCAGUGUGUGUUUCACGGCUCAUGCGAAUGUAAACACUCGUCAGUAUAAACACUACAGCCACUGUGAUUUCUGAAUGCUUCUGUUCAUAUUUCUGUUCUGAAUAAACUAUUACUGAAUCACAGAA